AUGUAUUAUGGUCUGUUCCUGGUCUCUGCCCUGCUGUCCUAUUUCCCAGGAGAAUCCUUGGUGCACAGUCCAUCUGAGAUGAUCCUGGCCUUUGCUGGGGAGGAUGUCAUCCUUCCCUGCAGCUUUAACAUCAGUGGCAGCGAUGACUUUCCAACGGUGGAGUGGUCCAAGGAGGGCCUGCAGCCAAACGUCAUCUUCUUGUACCGGGAUGGCUGUGAGACUUACGAGAUGAAGAAUCCGUCCUUCCAGUACAGGACAAGCUUCAUCACGAAAGAACUGAAAAACAGAAACAUCUCAUUAAGGAUCUCGAACGUGCAGCUGUCAGAUGCAGGGAAAUACCAAUGCAUGAGGCUCUGGAAGAAUGCCCCCCAGGACAUCACCACGGUGGAGCUUGUUGUGGGUGCAGCUUCUGAUCCAAAGCUCUCAGUGAUUUCAGCUGAGAGUGCAGGAGUGAGUCUUCAGUGUGAGGCCAGCUGUUGGCUGCCGGAGCCAGAGAUCACGUUCCUGGAUGAUCGAGGACACGACAUCCCGGCCGGUGACCCAAAAAGACGUCAACAUGCCAGUGGAUGUUACACUGUGACACGUAGAGUGACUCUGCAGGAUGCUACCAGCAGCGUCACCUGCAGAGUUCAGCAGCCACAGAUCAACCAGACCAGGGACACGGAGAUUCUCAUACCAGUGGGGGGUCAAAAAUGGCUGUUAUCGAAGCAGACGUCACAUCAAAGCUUGAACGGUGCCUAUGACGACCAGCCGUUUCUGCAGAGCAUCAGGGUUGACGGGGCUGGCAGCGUGGGAAACAGCAGCAUUGAGGCACUGACAAGAGAGGUGGCAGACCUCAAAUCAAAGCUUCAUGAGAAAGAAAAGAUCAUCUGGUGGCUCCAGAGCAACAACAACAACAACCCUCCAGAACCUGACAACUUACCCCAGUAUCAGGGUCUGAAACCUGCCGCCUCACGACAAAACAGCAACCCGGCAUCUGGCGGCCCAACCCGAAGAAACCUUCGUAUCCACAGCAGCCCUGCCGUUUUGAACUUGGACAAUACAGCGCUGUCCAGAUCUCCUGAAGCCAACAUGUCAAACAGAAAGCUCGGCAGUCAUUUGACGAGAGAGUCUUCCGCUUGGCCUGGUCCAGAUGUUCAGCGUCGACAUUCCUCAUUGCUUCCAACCAACAACCGCUUCUCGCUCCUGGCAGAUUUAGCCGAGGAAACAGCUGUGGAUGUCAUGGGGACAGAGCACAAAGCUGGACGCAAAGCAGCAAAACCUAGCAAACAAAAAUAA